GUGUAUAUACUAGAUUGGGUGUAGAUGUAGGAGCUACUAUGGGUUGGGUGCUUAUUGCUAUGGGGUGGCUUUCUGUUUUGGAUUGUGAGUUGUUGUCAGUUCAGUCUGUUUCUGGGGCAAGUGCAAAGCUUUGA